CUAUUAGUCACCCUGUACCCUGAAUUUUGUGUUCGUCGUGAUGAAAUAAAUUCGUUGUCAUGAAGUGCACUGCGUGUUCGCCACAAAUUCGAACGUUAUGUUGUUCUUUUUACAAGGCGAUUGAAGUUUGUGACUUUUGAUAAUGUAUUAAUCUAAAUAAAAGUGCAUUCAAUAAUAUUUAUAAUCGUAUUGCCGUCCCAACGAAGUUAAAAAUUAAUUUCCUAAAAUCGUACUAUGACAGCCAUUUUGUUUCGUUUUCGUUUUUAGUACACAUACUCAUGAUCAGCUAUUUAUCUCUUUUCAACCUGUGUAUUGUGCAUUAUUACUCGCACUUCGACAAGUGAAAUCGUUAUAUGUUCGACCAUGUUCGAAAAUUGUAUAUUUGACGGCUUGCAAACGCGCGUCUCGAUCGCAACGCGUACGUGCUGAAAAUUGCAAAAAUAUAUGGUAAAAAUUGUGAGGAUAAAUUGCAAUUUAUGAAAAACGUGUAGCUAAAAGCUUUCUUCAGCGUUGGCUUGUGAAAUUUGCAAUAUUUGCCAUCAACAAUAAGUGUUAAAGAGCAAUUGAAAUUAUCGAGUUAAUACAUGGAAACUCGGUUGUUAAAGGCAUAUUUGUGUGUAGAUAUAAAUACUAACUCAACAAAAUAUCGGAUUAUCCGAUAAAAAAAGUAGCUAAAUGAAACAAAUUUGAUACAUAUGUUUGUACACAAGAACUGCGCUCAUAACACGCAGUAAUUUGGAUUUAAAAUUGCGAAAGCAGUUUUAUCCCUCCCUAAUUGACUUGAUCUGCAUGGGCGUAUGCAGUAUAAAAAGAAACCCCAAACUGUUACACUCAUUUUUUAAGUUCGCAAGUAUACACAGAGUCAGAUUAGCCCGAAAACAGUGGGAAAAUGUGCAGUUAUUCGAGCUGAUCCCGAACACUAUUUUUCUGUUGCCUUAAAUGUGUGUUGUUCCAUUUGCCAUAAGAUGCGGCGUUCAAUAACAACAGCACCAACAGGAAUCACGACAACAGUAGUAGCCAAAUCAAUUCGUAGUACACUAUUCAAGGCAACGGAAGGGUCGAGAGCUACCUAUAAACUACUCUACUACCACAAUACUAGACUGCAAAAGAGGAUUUGAGAAAGUGCUUACACUACUUUCAGUUUAAAGCAGACACAUUUAAAAGCCAGUAGACAAACGGGGAAGAACUUUGUAGGCGAUAGACUGCUGCAAAAAUAACUGAUCGUUCAGUUUAGAUUUUACUACGCCCACUUGCGCUUCUUACUCCAGCACCAAUCACACUGGUCACUAACAGUGCGUUUAGUGGCUACUAGCAGAAGCCUUGGUCUCUUCCCUAUCAAGUUAACUGUAUCUUCGAAACCACAUCAAUCACAGAAUUUUAUAUAGAGUAAAAAAUAAAGAAUCCGUAGGCUUUAGUACGCGCAGGAACGGCUAUCAAUUUUAAGCAAAAGAACACACGCGCUACCUGUUCCAGUUAAUCACUUGUAAAGUUCGGCUCUCCAGAUAUCAGACAUCAACGACAUCUUUAGUCGCGUGCGAUCGCGAGUAUAAUCCUUAAAGCAUACGUUGUGUGGUUGUGUUUUAGUAGGAAAGCGCGAAAAUGUCUCAGGAACCACCGCCACGAGACGAGCCGUACGUGGAGCCUGUCAAUGGCAUCGUACAGCCUCCGACUAUACCUCCACCCGAUCGACCUGGUCGCAAUACAAAUCAACUGCAGUAUCUCAUCAAAACCGUGAUGAAGGCAAUAUGGAAACAUCAUUUUUCUUGGCCAUUCCAGCAGCCGGUCGAUGCAAAGAAAUUAAACCUGCCCGAUUACCAUAAGAUCAUAACACAUCCCAUGGACAUGGGCACGAUUAAGAAGCGUCUUGAGAACAACUACUACUGGUCAGCUAAAGAAGCCAUACAGGAUUUUAAUACAAUGUUUACCAAUUGUUAUGUCUACAACAAACCCGGUGAGGAUGUGGUUGUUAUGGCGCAGACGCUAGAAAAGGUCUUCCUGCAGAAAAUCGAAGCCAUGCCCAAGGAGGAAAUCGAAUUGGAGCCAGUCACACCGAAGGGUGGCAAAAAGAAACCACGUCCACCGGGUAAACCAGCCACACCCAGCUCAGCGUUGCUACACACACCUGUCGCCGGUGCGGCAGCGGCGACCGCAGCUGCAUCAGUCGCUACAGGCGGUACUCCACGUGCGCCUGCACGACCCCACUCGGCGUUAAGCAGCACAGUUUCAUCGACGGCCGGCCCAACGGCCACAACUACACCCGCCAUUCCACCCAUUGGCACUGUCCCACCACAAACAGUGCCGGGAAGCACAAAUACAACAACUACCGCUAUAACCGGCGGAGCGGCUGGCGCGGCAGCGCUAGCUGGUGCCGGAGGUGCCACAGUACUACCCACCAGCGGCAUACUGCCGGUCGUUAGUGUGACAAGCGGUUCCUUGGUGGGUGCCGGUGCCACAUUGGCGGCGUCCGCAAGUGCAGCUGGUGCAGUCAAUUCAUCGCUACUUGAUGCCAGCGGCGGUGGUGUGAAUACGGCGGGCGGUGGUGCGGGUGGAGGUCCAGCACCCAAUUCAGCAGCAGCCGUUGCAGCAGUAGCUGCUGCUGCCGCAGUUUCCGCGUAUCACAGCGUAAAUAGCACAGCCGAUGCGGUUAUACCACCACAACAACCGGCAAAAAUGAAGAAGGGUGUGAAGCGAAAGGCCGACACAACGACGCCGACUGCGAAUGCAUUUGAAAUGCCACCGUAUGCGCAAAUCGAUUCCAAGAGCGCCAAAAUCGCAACCAGGCGCGAGUCCAGUCGACAGGAUCUUACAUUCCAAGGAUCCGCUUAUCCCAUGUCACCGAUGGCCGUCGCCGGCAUGGCGCCAAGCGGUAUGGGCGUCGCCGGUGGUGCUAGCGGUGGCGUGCCAGGUGCUGUCAAAAACAAGGAGAAACUUUCGGACGCACUCAAAUCAUGCAAUGAAAUUCUCAAAGAGCUGUUUUCCAAAAAGCACUCCGGCUACGCUUGGCCAUUCUACAAACCCGUCGAUGCAGAGCUGCUGGGACUGCAUGACUAUCACGAUAUUAUCAAGAAACCAAUGGAUCUGGGUACGGUGAAAAGAAAAAUGGACAAUCGCGAAUACAAAAGCGCACCCGAGUUCGCGGCAGAUGUGCGAUUAAUAUUCACCAACUGCUACAAAUACAACCCGCCAGAUCACGAUGUCGUCGCAAUGGGUCGCAAGUUGCAGGACGUCUUUGAAAUGCGGUACGCCAACAUACCCGACGAACCGGUGGCAAACGCACAUGCGGCUGCCGCAGCUGCUGCCCACCAUGCUUUUUCCACAACAUCGAAACGCGGCGGAGGCGGCGGUGGCGGUGGUGGUGGCGGCGGUGGCGAUGCGAGCGAUUCAUCCUCGGAUGAGUCCUCCGACACCGAAAACGAAUCGAAUUCGGAUGAGGAGCGCAAUGCGAAACUAAAGCUGCUGGAAGCAAAACUGCUUGACCUGCAAGAGGAGAUGCGCAAGCUGAUGGAAGAAGCCUCCAACAAAAAGAAAGCCAAGAAAAAGUUGAAAGAAAAGAAGAAGGGUGGGGGCAGCGUUGGCGCCGGCUUGGCCGGUGUGGGCGGAUCGCAUGCGCAAGCAGGCGGUUUAGGCGUUGUGGGUGCCGGUACGGCAGUGAAUUCAGCAUUGGCAGCGGGUGCGAAUCUGCACGGCACAGACUUGGCAGCCGCCAUGGCAAUGAGUCAACUGGGUGCUGGAGCGGUGUCCGCAAAGGGAGCGCCGUUGGCCGGUAGCCUGCCGGGCACGACGGUGGGUGCCGCAGCUACCGGUGGCAAAGGUAGCAAAGUGAAAGGUCAACGCGGCCCGAAAGCUGGGGCGGCCGCAGGUGGUGCAGCAGGCACUGGUGGGGCCGCGGGAGCAAACAAGCGCGCAAAGGGUGGUGCAGCGGCAGCUGGUGCUGCUGCGGGCGGCGGCGCGACAGGUGGAGCAGGUGGCGCAGCAGCACGGGGCACCAACAAGAAGAAGCCCAGUCAAGUGAUGAACUUCGAUUCGGAGGAGGAGGAUACGGCCAAGCCGAUGUCAUAUGACGAGAAGCGACAGCUUUCGUUAGAUAUUAAUAAACUGCCAGGCGACAAGCUUGGACGUGUAGUGCAUAUAAUACAAAAUCGAGAACCUUCACUGCGCGACUCCAAUCCAGAUGAGAUCGAAAUCGAUUUCGAAACAUUGAAGCCGUCAACGCUGCGAGAACUGGAAAGCUAUGUGGCAUCCUGUCUACGCAAAAAAACUCGUAAGCCCUACUAUAAAAAGCCAUCUGGCAAAUCUAAAGAUGAGCAAAUGGCGGAAAAGAAACAAGAAUUGGAGAAGCGCUUACAGGAUGUCACCGGUCAAUUGGGUAGCAGCAAGAAGACAGCCAAAAAAGACGAAUCAUCAUCGAAUAAAGUGGAAGCAGUGCCGCCCACGAAUCGCCUCUCAUCCAGUUCUAGUUCCAGCGAUUCAUCAUCGUCUAGUUCAAGCGAUAGCAGUUCCAGCGAUUCGAGUGAUAGCGAAGCAGGUGAUGUUGAUAGUCGUCCACCGAGAAAGAAGAAAUCCCGCGAUUCGAGUGGCAGCAAUAAUGUAAAUAAUUCAACUGUAACACCGACCAAUGUUGUCCUCACUAGUACUGUUGGCAGCAUUGGUGGCAAUCCUGCAGCAACAACCUCAAUUACGUCCACAAUAUCUGCCGCUACGCAGCAAACAAUAAAUCCAGCGCAGCAGCCACAACAACUACAAACGACAAUGGCCGGGGCGCUAGCUACGGCGGUAACAACGCCAAGUACCAAAACUUUGGUGCCACCUAUGACCACACCCACAUCACAGCUAAACGCGGCCAGCAGUGGAGCACAACUGAGUGUUACUUCCACGACAACGGCAACGACGCUUGCAGGUGCUGCCACGGAUCCAGCCAUGACUGCUGUUGCUCUACUUAACAACAACAACAGCAGCAAAACGACAUUAACACCGACUUCGAUAGGUAGUGGGCUAAACGUUAUCCCCGGAGGCACCAUCGCCCCAACCGCAGCACCUGGGGCUAUUACUACAGCUGCAACAACAAUAAGCAACAGUAGUAUAGCCGGUGGUGGUUGCAUUGGCGUCGGUGGUAGCAAUGGUCCCAAUGACUUAACAAUGUCAGCGGUGUCCAGUGCAACCGCCCUCCUCGCCGCAUCAUCUGCAAGCGCAGGCUCGUUGACUGGCUCACUACUUACCACAUCACAAACGAACAGCAGCACAGGCGGUAACAACACCACAACUACAACAAACAUUGGCGGCAUCCGCGUUGCCAGCAAUUUACACAAACUGCCAUCGUCGACGCCGAUGGAUGUUGCUGAUGCGUCUGGCGUAGGCGGCCCGGGCAUUGGUAUACUUCCUUCGGGUAUGCCUAAUGCCAGCAUAGGCGGUGGUGGUUCGUUGGUUGGCGGUUUGCAUCCGCCCGCCGCUGUCGUUACUGCGCCCUCGUCUGUCGCAUCGGUACCUUCCUCGGCAGCAUCAUCUCUGCUGACUGCUGGUCUCAAGCAAAUUCCACAAUUUGAUGAUCCCGUUGAACAGUCUCUGGCAUCGUUGGAGCAGCCCUUGCUUCAAGCAGCCUCAGGCAAAAGCGUGGCCGACAACUUCCUUAUGAACGCACAUCUGAUGCAGCAGCAACAGCAGCCUCAGGCGCUCACGCAUGGCAAUCAUGGACAGAAUGCAUCGGUGCAGCAGACGUUCGGCAACUUACAGCAGUCGCAAGGGCAGCAGCAGCAGGCGACACAGCUUCCUCACGCUGCCAAUCAUCAUCAUAUGGAACUAAUGUCGGAGCUAUUGUCAAAGGGUGCUGCGGACAACGUAUCCGGCAUGAAUGGCAAUCAUUUCCCGCUAAUGCAACUGGGUUUAGGCGAGGGUCUAAAUAACCGCAUCAGCACUAUGGCAGCGGCGGUGGCCGCACAGCAGCUGCAACAAGCCAUGGCACAUCAGCAACAACAACACCACCAACAGCAGCAACAACACGCGCAUAAUAACGGUUACAAUAGCGCUGCCGAUCGAGCAUUAGACAGCCUGGCUUUGGCGGGUCUGGGAUUGUCGCAUCCCGGCGGUAGCGGCACUGGAUCAAUUUUCGAACAAUUGCCUUCGAUGGGAGGCGGUCACAAUGACUUCCUCGCUGCCAUGAUGAUGGGCGGUGGCGCACCCGGAAUGCCUGGCAAUUUGUCGCUCCCCGGUAGUAAAAAAGAUGCCGCAAAUGCGCUUGGCUUAAGCGACCAUCAGAUGGCACAACAAUUGCUGCAAUCACAACAGCAACUACAUCCCAAUAAGUUGCUAAUCACACCCAAGCCCAUCGAAUCGAUGAUGCCUAGUCCACCGGAGAAGAAGCAGCAUCAGUCGGCACAGCAGGUUGCGCAGUCACAACAAUCGCCAUCCGAUUUGAAGAUACCUACUUCGGCUGGUAUGGGCAGUGGCAGCGCAUUAGGCGCCAAUCAGGCGAAUUUCGCGCAAGCUUUUAAGUCGGCACACGAGCAGAACCUUAAAAACGCCAGUUCUUGGUCGUCACUUGCAUCGGCCAGUUCGCCGCAGAAUACGCCCACUUCGAAUAAGCCCAAGCCCGCCAUGGACUCGUUCCAACAGUUCCGCAACAAAGCCAAAGAGAAGGCCGAUCGCCUGAAGUUGCUGGAGGCGGCCGAGAAGGAGCAGAAACGUCAAAAGGAAGCCGCAGAGAAAGAGCAGCGUAAGCAGCACCACAAACAACCUUUGGGCGCAAUUGGCGUGGGUGGUGGUGUGACGGGUAAUGGCAACAGCGCUGGCAGUGGUGCAAGUGCCAAUGUUAUAGGUGUUGGUGUAAGCGGUGGUGGUAAUGCUGUGGGUGUGGGAAGCGCCAGUGGAGCGGGCGGUGGCAGUGGUGGUGGCGCUAGCCAUCACACAUCCGCUGCGGCAGCAGUGCUCUCACAGUCGGCGCAUACGCAUGGACACACACAUGGACACACCAGCCACGGUCAUGGUCAUGCGGUAAGCAGCAGUGGAGCUGGACACUUGCACUCGGCGGCAGUGGAUGUCACCAUGGAAAGCGGGAGAAAAAGUGUCCAUGAAGCCACUCAAGUGCAAAAUUCACGCGUAGACGAUAUCAAAGCAUCGCCGCAGGGCAGUGGCUCACCGGCCGGUGCGGCACAACAAUCGCCACAGGAUCGCGCCGCGGCAAGGCGUGCGGAGUUGCGACGUCUUGAACAGGAGCGGCGCCGACGCGAAGCGAUGGCUGGCCAAAUCGAUAUGAAUAUGCAAAGUGAUCUGAUGGCGGCCUUUGAAGAAUCGCUUUAAUAAAUAAAAAAUCCGAGCAGUAAAAAAAUUACGAAAAAACAAUUAGUGCUAGCCUAAAGUAAUGCAGGUUUGUGAUCAAUAUAUAAAUAGUGAGCAGUGAAAAUCCAGCGCAAGAGUUCAAUCCGUAUGGAGUUAUUAGCUACCAACGACACCAGCAAAUGAAUCCAUCGAAGGAAACUAUGCAAAUCCAACUAUUCAAUGCUGAUGUAGAAAUUUUAAAUAUGGUGUAUACAUACAUAUUUGACUACCAGACGGAUAUAAAGGCGAUGUAUGCGCGUGGGAGGAGUCAAAAGGGAAUAGUAAUGCAUUAAAAUAAAAUUAAAUUUAGUAGUAUGUAAGAUAAAGCAUAGUAACGGGAUGACGAUGUAAAGAGAAAUAACGCAGCGGUCAACAUUUUUUUUUACUAUUAAUAUUUAGCAAUUGAUAGUUGACGGAGGAAAGGAAGAAGAAGAAGCCGAUGAUGACGAUGAUAAUGAAUUGGAACGAGCAGAAGUUGGUUUAGGUGUAGUAGGAAAAGUAACAAAGCAGAUGAAUAAACAUAACUGAUGCUGAUAAAAAAAA